GUUACCAAAUAGCUACACAUAAAAAGAUGGCCACGUUUUUCGGAGAAGUUUUAUCAGUUUAUUCACGUGCUGUGGAAGAAGACGACGAUGAGCUGGAUGAUGAAAACGAGGAAGAUGAGCAAAUUCGCAGAGAAAUAGAAGAAAAGAGGGAGGUCUAUAUUGAGUGGUACCCAGAUGUCACGCAAUCGGUAAGCUCAGGCAACUGCACGUUGCAGUGUUCAGACCUCAUCAUUGCAGUCGGCCCUAAUGCAUCAGGAUUUCUGUCUGCAUAUGUAUUGAACACUGAGAGCUGGGAUGCAGUGGGCCAUGUGUCACUGUGGAAUGAGAAGAGUAGAUGCACCAGUAGACAGCCCCCACUACCUGGAGAGCCAGCUUGUCGCUUCUACCGACAUAGAGACAACCCGUCAGUUCUGAUGUGCCAAAGCACUUGUUAUGUUGCUGAGGACCAGCUGUUUCAAUGGGCCGACAAGGUGUUUGGCUCCCUACUGAAUAGAGGACUCAAUGUGAUGGUGCUGUCGGACAGCCCUGUGGCUGAGUACAAAACUCCUGACAACCUCUAUGGUAGUGCUGUGCCCUUCCUUCGUUCUCUCAAGAGCAGUGCAUUCAAAGACCAAGCACUCUGCCCUGCACUAGAGCAGCCCAACAUCCUAACUGGCCUACCAGCUGCAGUUCUGAGCCACUGCCAAGUCCAUCGGAUUCCAGCUGUUCUUUACCAAUGUUACACAGACGUCAUUGGCCCUGACACAGUCACCAUGGAAACCUACAAACCGGCUCUGACGAGUCUAAGCAAGUUGGUUAAAUUGGAGCCUUGUCCGAGCGCAGAUGCCCUACGAAGGUUUGCCAAAGUCAGCGAAGCACAGAGUAACUUGUAUACCUAAAUGUGGAUGGUUUUCUAUUGCUCAGUAGGCUUUGUACUGUUUUUUUUGUCAACGGUAAAAUAUUAUGUAAGUAAAGUAAUAUUUUCAAGAAAUAAACCAUCACCCACCCA